AUGUAUCAAGCGUGCCAAAAAAACAGUGCCCGUGCAGCAGCAGCCACAGCUCCAACUUCAAGAUGUAGCAAGCGUGCCAGAAAAACCCAGUGCCCGUGCAGCAGCAGCAGCCACAGCUCCCACACCAGCCACAGCUCCCACACCAGCCACACAGCUCCCACACCAGCCACACAGCUCCCACACCAGCCACAGCUCCCACACCAGCCACAGCACCAACUUCAGGAUGUAUCAAGCGUGCCAGAAAAACCAGUGCCCGUGCAGCAGCAGCCACAGCUCCCACUUCAAGAUGUAGCAAGCAUGCCAGAAAAACCAGUGCCCGUGCUGCAGCAGCCACAGCUCCCACACCAGCCACACAGCUCCCACACCAGCCACAGCUCCCACACCAGCCACAGCUCCUACACCAGCCACAGCACCAACUUCAGGAUGUAUCAAGCGUGCCAGAAAAACCAGUGCCCGUGCAGCAGCAGCCACAGCUCCCACUUCAAGAUGUAG